CACUUAUACACCUCAAUCAUAUCACGCAUAACUCUUCGCCAUUCUAUAGAAUGUAAGUAAAGUUUUAUAAUUAAGUUUUUAAAGUUAUUUCAUAAUUUAAUUAUACAUUAAAGUAUGAGGUAUGCUUAUACUCCCGAGACUAAUUACACCUGUCCCUCCCACCUCACCUGAACCCUCCCUUAGCCAAUAUUAGCUCAGAAAUGAACCAAGACAUCUUGCACAGCCAAAGAGCACUCAACACAUCUACCACUUACGGGCGGGUUAUUCAUGACCUUACAACCUAAUCUACAUCAGUCAAGAUAUCGUCUCCGGUGCUUAGUGUCACCAAAGAGUAAAGGUUUAAGGCUAUUUAUCACGGUAGCAUUUGUUGCAUUCUAAGAUGUGGCUGCAUUUGGCUGCGUUUGGCCUGGUCGCCAUGGUUGUCCUGGGAGACACAAACAUUCAGGUAAGUUGGCUUCCUCGUUGUGUCGAGUUUGUGGGGUUGAAAGCCUGUGCACUCAUCUGGAUGUGAUAUUAGGGAGAAUAAUAGACAUUGCUUUUCACCCCCCCCCUCCUCCUUGUAAACGUUCACUCAUUACUCCACAUAAUAAUCAGGAUUAAGUUUGCCUCUGUAUGUAUUCUACAUUUGCAAAUGAUUUUUAAUUUAAUUUGUGUAUGAAUCUGUAUGUAUUCUACAUAUGCAAAUAACAAUUGAAUUUGUGUCCAUUGUGUAAUAGAGUGGCUAAAAUUGAACAGAAUGAUUUAAGUUGAACCCAACCAAUACAUAUUGGGUUUAAAUUUAAUUGUCAUUGGAAACGAUAAGUCACAAUAACAUGACUGAAGAUUUAAUGACCAAACACCAGAAAACAUUAAAUUAUUUGUCUUUUCAACAACAUAACCAUUGUUCAAGUAUAUUAAACAUUCUUUGGGUUGAAAACUUUUAAGGAUUAUCACUUCACCUCUCUAAUUGAAUAAACCUAAGAGUAUACAUGUACACCUGAGAGGUAGGGACCAGCCGUGCGUUGUGGAAAAAAUUACCACAACCUUGCAGAGGUUCAUCUCACAUGUUUAUGUACCAUGUAACAGAUGUGGGGUGUGGAUGUUCCCAGGCGGCACCCGGUGCUCAGAGGACUGGACCACCUUGAUAUUUGGGGUGACGACGCCACCCACACCAACAUUCUGGUUGAGCCGGAAGUGAUGCCGUUGGUGCAGCAGUUGCUGGAGGAGUCCCAGAUCAACUACUGGGUGGAGGUGGAGGACGUGAUGAGUCUGGUGCAGCAGGAGCGCCAGUUCAUGAAGGAGGUGAAGAAGAGAACCAGGCGUACCAGAGCAGAGCAUCCGAUGGACUGGGAUGUUUACCACGACUUAAAGGACAUCGAUGAGUUCCUGCGAUGGUUGAAGAGAGUUGGAGGCGACAUGGUGCAGGUGGUAUCAGUUGCCACCACGGAGGAGGGCCGUCAGGUCCUCGUGGUAAUGCUUACAGACCCGAGCUCCCCACUACCCAAGAAGAAGGUCUGGCUGGAAGCGGGUAUCCAUGCUCGCGAAUGGAUCUCUCCAGCCGUCGCCACAUACAUUCUGAACCUGUUCGCUACGGACAAGUCUUGGAGAGACCUGCUACAGGUGACGGAGUGGUACGUCGUCCCUGUGGCCAACCCGGACGGUUAUCAGUAUACCUUCACCACUGAUAGAGCCAGGCUCUGGAGAAAGAACCGCGCAAACAAUCAUUCGGGCUGCAUAGGAGUGGAUCUGAAUCGUAACUGGAACACACACUGGGGCGUCGGUGCGUCAGCCAACCCUUGCAGUGAAACCUACAAAGGCCUCUUUCCUUUCAGUGAACCCGAGACCCAAGGCCUCCAGGCCAUGAUGAAAGCAACUGACAUUGAUCUCUUUAUUAGUCUCCACAGCUACGGCCAGUCAGUUCUAUAUCCUUAUGGAUGGACGAAGAACAGCCCAGCCAACGUUAACCAACUCCAGCACCUGGCUACGAUGUUCGUCAAUGCUGUGCGCGCUACGUCUCAUGAACAAAUUAAUUAUAAUAUGGGAGGCGCAGCACAACUGUACGGCCUGGCCUCAGGAGCCACAGAUGACUGGGCGUAUGAGGCGCUCAAUGUUUCCUUAUCUUAUACUAUUGAGUUGCCUGACAGAGGGAGAUACGGAUUCAUGCUUUCGGAGAAGCACAUCAGUAGUACUGCGGUGGAGACAGCGGAGGGUCUCAAGUGUAUGGUGGGCUACAUCACCGGCACUGAACACCAAUGUGCCAAUAAUAGAAAAGUAUCAUGGUAUAGUGCAUUGUACUCUUUGUUUUGGUAGAAAUAAUGAAUAAUUGUUGAGUAAUAUAUAUUAUUUCUAAUCGGCAAUUUAUAUUAUUUCUAAUACAAAUAUAAAUCGGCAAUUUAUAUUAUUAUAAAUUUAUUGUUAUUUUAUUCAAUUGUUUGGACCUUUAAAUCCUGUUAACGAAUCCAACUUAUAUAGUUUUUAUGCUAAAGUUUCCUUCAAACACAGGUCUUGAUGACAGUGUUAGACCACGAAGAAAAAAUUGAAAUAGGAAUUUUAAUAAUACAUCUUCAGCCACGUUAUUGUGACUAAAUAACUGCCCAGUACUGUACAAUGUAAACUAUGCUUAAUUUACACUUUACGUGUGUCUUAUAU